AUGGCACGACUAGGCAAGCUAGACGAGUUCGACGAGAAGGAUCAGAAUUUUGAAUCCUAUCUGGAGCGUUUUGAGCACUUCGUCACCGCAAAUGACAUCAGAGAGGAAAAGAAGCUGGCAGUAUUCUUGAGUGUGAUAGGACCACGAACGUACGAGGUGCUCAAAAGUUUGGUAGUACCCGCUGUUCCUGGGGACAAGUCCUUUGAAGAGGUCACAGUGCUGUUGAAGAAACACUAUAGCCCACAGUGCUCGGUCAUUGCCGAACGUUGCAAAUUUAACAAGCGAGCACAAGAAGAGCAGGAAAGCGUCGAGGACUUCAUAGUGGCCUUAAAACAGUUAGCAAGGAAGUGCGAUUUCGGUCAGUUUCUGCAAGACGCGCUGCGAGACAGAAUAGUGGCAGGCAUAAGACGCGAGGAAACGCAACUCGCCCUAUUUGCUGAAGAAGAUUUAACCUUCGAAAAGGCGUGCAAGAUAGCCCAGGACCGAGAGCAGGCUGCGCGACAGACAGCGUUACUUCAUGCAGAAGGCAAGGAAGCGGCUUUUUAUGCAAUGGCGAUAAGAGGAAAAGGAAGCGAAAAGAAAUCGAAGCUUCGGAAGCUCAAGGAAGCCAAGCGAGUUUGCGAAAGAUGUGGCAAGGCGCAUGCGGCUAGUGUUUGCUGGUAUAAGAACGUCCAGUGUCACAGCUGUUCUCAAAUCGGUCAUCUACAGAAGAUGUGUCCAAGUAAUCGCAGAGAACUCAAGACUGCAAACGUGGUGGACUGCUCUGAUAGUGACUCUGAAUUAGAUGUGUACCAUGUUAUCAAUACCGUGCGUUCUGGGUAUGAAGUGCAGCUAAACGUAGAAGGGCAAGACCUCUGCAUGCAGAUUGAUACGGGAGCAGCUGUAACACUAAUUCCUGAGAGUGUGAGGCUGAACGCAUUUCCUCAUGUCAAGUGCGAGCCAUCUCGAGUCACCCUAAAAACAUACACUGGGGAACCUGUUCCAGUAAAAGGGCAAUGCAACGUUUCCGUUACGGUGGGAAAACAGUCUUUGCGGCUACCCGCUAUUAUCGUCAAGGAUAACGGCAAGCAGCUACCAUUGCUGAUGGGGCGAAGUUGGCUUGAAAGGCUCGGGCUUGACUGGAAAAGCGUGUUUGCUAUAAAUGUAAGCGACUCUCACAAGGUAGAGGCGGUAAAGUUCCCAGGGGUGUUUUCUAAGCAACCUGGAAAAGUAAAAAACUAUCAAGCAAGGAUAGUUUUAAGCCAGAAUUGUACGGCUAUUUUUGGCAAGGCCAGAAACGUCCCAUUUGCGCUUCGAGAUAAAGUGGAAGGCGAGCUAGAAAGGCUAGAGAAAAGCGGUGUUAUACGCCCCGUAAAUCGGAGCGAUUGGGCCACGCCAGUAGUCGUAAUCCAAAAGAAAGAUGGUUCACUGAGGCUGUGCGGGGACUACAAAGUCACCAUUAAUCCUGUUUUAAAGACCGACCACUACCCAUUGCCUAGACCGGAAGAUUUGUUCUCUGCCAUAGCUGGCGGCAGAGUGUUUUGUGUGUUGGAUCUUUCGGCCGCGUAUCAGCAGAUUCCGCUCACUGCCGAGUCCCGACCACUGCUAACUAUUAAUACGCACAGGGGGCUGUUCGAGUUCCAGCGCUUACCAUUUGGGGUAGCCAGUGCGCCAGCCAUUUUUCAGUCCUUCAUGGAUGAGGUGCUCAAAGGCAUACCGCACGUGGGAUGUUACAUAGACGACGUCAUUGUGUCGGGAAAAGACUUAGCCGACUGUCAAAAAACGUUGGAACUAGUCCUGCAGCGGCUGAGUGACUACAACGUGACACUGAAAGAGGAAAAGUGUCGGUUUUUUCAGAGCACUGUGACUUAUCUCGGUCACACUGUGUGCGCUGAAGGUAUAUAUCCUACAGAAGAAAAGAUAAAGGCGAUCACAGAAGCGCCAGAGCCCACUUGCCAAACAGAGCUAAAGGCUUAUCUCGGCAUGUUAACCUUUUAUGCAAAGUUCUUAAGUAACCUUGCCUGCGUGGCAGAGCCAUUGUACCGUCUGUUGCGCAAGGGCGAAAGGUGGUCGUGGACACGGGAGUGUAGCGAAGCAUUUGCUUCUACGAAACUGUUACUUGUCAAGAGUAAUGUGCUCACUUUUUACGAUGUGGCGAAACCAAUGGCUAUGACAUGUGACGCUUCGUCGUAUGGAUUGGGGGCUGUCAUUUUUCAUGAGACCGCAGAGGGACACGAAAGGCCAGUGGCAUUUGCUUCUAGAACACUUACAGCCGCAGAGAAAAACUAUGCUCAGUGCGAACGCGAAGCAUUAGCACUGAUGUUUGGGUUAAGAAAAUUCCACCGCUACUUGUAUGGACGAGAGUUCACUCUUUAUACAGAUCAUCAGCCAUUGCUCGGAAUAUUAGGCCACGACAAGCCGGUGCCUGCGCUUGCUGCAGCUCGAAUGCAAAGAUGGGCAAUUACCCUGGCAGCGUACCAGUAUAAACUAAAAUACCGAAAGGGAAGAAAUGUUGAAGUGGCUGACGCUCUGUCUCGGCUUCCACGGCCUAUUGUAGCGGCCGAUGAACCUUCCGAGUGUCUCUUGCUAUUUGACAGCAUGCCCCUCAAAGCGGAUGACGUAGCGCGAGCCACACGACGUGAUCCCACCUUGUCUCGCGUGACGCACUUCAUCUUAAAUGGAUGGCCUUCAGAGUGCUCUGAAGCAUUUAGACCAUUUUAUUCCCGGCGCGACGAGCUAUCAGUAGAGCAAGAAUGCAUAACGUGGGGAUCAAGGGUGAUCAUACCUGAUAAGCUCCAGCUACAGGUCUUGCAGCUAUUGCAUGAGGACCACCCGGGAUCUAGUCGCAUGAAAGCGUUAGCAAGAAGCUUUGUGUGGUGGCCUGGCCUCGACCUUUCGGUUGAGAGCUACGUUCGACAAUGUCAGGUUUGUCAGGCCGUCCAAAAAGCUGCUUCACCGGUUCCUUUGCAACCAUUGAAUUAUCCCACAAGGCCCUGGCAACGCGUGCACGUCGAUUAUGCGGUAAAGGGCUCUCAGGCGUUCUUGGUUCUCGUCGACGCGUUCUCUAAAUGGAUCGAGGUCUCGCCUAUGUCAUCCACUACUGCUAACAAAACCAUUGAGAAGCUACGUAGUAUGUUUGCCGCGUAUGGUCUGCCAGAGGUACUGGUUAUCAGUCCCGUAACCUAUCUGGUGAAAGUGUCGCAGGCGGUGCGAUUUACGCAUUCGGACCACAUCAGAGCCCGCCACGGAAGCCAGGAUUCUUCAAGUUAUCCGCAGGCACAACCUGCUCCAACGGCAUCCGUAGACACGACUCCACCGACGGUUCCGAUGGCGUGUGGGCCAGUCGCCGGGUCGCCUCUCGUAAAUCCACACGCAACCGACUCUGCGACGUCUCUCCUUCCGGCAACUGCAUCGCCCACGGCCGGAGCAGCUGCCUCCGGCUCGCCGGACCAGCCCAGUGCCGACGACGCGCCACCUGCAGCCGAACUUCCAACUCUGCGUCGUAGUGCACGUCUGUCGACAGGAUCCUGUUCUACGCCCCUGAGCAGCCAAAACUUCCAGAGGACAAUGUGCGUCUACAUCGAUGCAGGCCGUGUGGGUGAUGUCAAGACG